UUGGUGUCCUUUUUACUGUAACGUCAGUGACAUAUGCGGUGAUUCCGCAUUCUGUUGUUAGAAGAACUACUGAACACACCUUUUGUUAGUGGAUUCGGUAGAAUGUUACUGUUCUGCCCAAACUGUGCUAAUGCUCUUGUGGUGCAGGACGGUAUACAGUCAUAUAGAUUUUGUUGUGCAACAUGUCCAUACUCCUACGAUAUAAUAUAUCGUAUAUCUAAUCGCGUACAUCCAAAACUAAAGGAAGUUGAUGAUGUACUUGGAGGAGCUGCAGCUUGGGAAAACGUAGAUUCUACUGAGGAACGUUGUCCUAAAUGUUCUAAUCCAAGAGCUUAUUUCAUGCAGAUUCAAACAAGAUCAGCAGAUGAGCCUAUGACUACUUUCUACAAAUGUUGUAAUCCUCUGUGUGGUCAUCGCUGGCGAGAUUAACCACACUUACAUUGUUGUAAAUGUGCAGCAAAAUAAAAUUUGGAAGGAAGCCAGUCUUUUACUAUUUCACUAGUGCAUAAAGGUCUCUUGUGGUGUAAUGUCAUGAUUAAUCCAUAUGGAAUGGUAAAUUUAAAUCUGCUCCAGUGUUAAAAGAAACAACAAAAAAUUGGAAAUUUUUUAUACGGCUUAUCUACGAAAUUGGUUGACCUAAUUGUUGCAGGUGUAAAAAUUAAUACAAGGAACACAUUUAAUUGAAGAUGUAGAGUGGAUCACAAUGCUGUUUCGAAACCUUUCUUUAAUUUUCAGGAUUUUGUAGUUUGUGUAACUCUUGAUGCAUUGACAGUUGGUUGGCAAUGUCAGUAUCAGCUUUUGGCAAUGGAAAUUGCUGAAAGUGUCUAUGGAAAGGACAGUGGCCAAUUGUGGAAAUACCACAUGUUGUAAUAUUAAAUUGCUGUUUAAAAAAAAAAAAAAAA